CUAGUAUGAGAUGAUUUCCGUUUUACCGUAGUUGUCAGCCUGUGUGGCCAUUGACGGGAGUCCAUCAGCGCAGUGGCUGUUGAUGGAUCAUCCCUAUGAAGAAACAGGGUUACAAUGGGACAGAGUACCUCGGAACAAGAGGUCCACGAAGACACUGCUCAGGACGGGUUUAAUAACCUCAAGGCAUUUGUGGAGGAAGAACUACAGACGAGCAUGAUGGUGGGCAUGGUGAUUGGUGCAGGCAUCGCAAUCGUCCUCAUUGCCAUCCUCAUCUUCUUCAUCUUGCGGAGGAUCAAGCUUCGAAACCUAGAAGCUCAGGAGGCACCCAAAUACCGCUUCCGCAAGAGGGACAAAGUCAUGUUCUAUGGGCGAAAGAUAAUGCGUAAGGUCUCCCUGUCUACCUCUUCCUUGGUGGGUACAUCAUCCUCCUCUCGGCCACGGCUAAAGAAGAAGCAGAAGAUGCUCAACAUUGCCAAAAAGAUCUUGCGCUUUAAGAAGGAGGUGCCAACCCUACAGGCCAAGGAGCCCCCUCCCUCAGUGCUGGAGGCAGAUCUUACUGAAUUUGAUGUGGCCAACUCCCACCUCCCCUCUGAGGUGCUCUACAUGCUCAAAAAUGUCCGUGUGCUGGGUCACUUUGAGAAGCCACUUUUCCUGGAGCUGUGCAAACACAUGGUGUUUCUGCAGUUCCAACAAGGGGAGUAUGUCUUCAGGCCAGGCCAGCCCGACAGCAGCAUCUACGUGGUUCAGGAUGGAAAACUAGAACUGUGCCUUACUGGAACGGAUGGUAAAGAAAGUGUAGUGAAGGAGGUAUUCCCUGGAGACAGCGUCCACAGCCUCCUCAGUAUUCUGGAUGUCAUCACAGGCCACCAGAAGCCUUACAGAACAGUGUCAGCACGGGCCGCAGAGGUUUCCACUGUUCUCCGUUUACCUAUAGAGGCCUUCUUAUCUAUAUUUGAGAAGUACCCUGAGAGCCUAGUGCGAGUAGUACAAAUUAUCAUGGUCCGCCUCCAAAGAGUAACAGUGCUAGCCCUGCACAACUAUCUGGGGUUGACAAAUGAGCUCUUCAGUCAUGAAAUGCAGCCCUCACGUCUGCCUCCUCAGUCCCCCCACCUUACCCGCACAAGUCCUGUCCGCCAUGGCAAGCGCUUUGGCAGCCUGACUGUACCUGAGGAGCACCGGGAAGCUGCCGUUAAGGGUGAAGUUCCAGGAGGAGAACAAGGCAAGGAUCGAAUAGUGCCAACUCUCAGUAGGACAAUCUCCAUGCCUGUGGACAUCGCUGGAAUACAAAAAGGUCUGAAAUCAGACUUUGACAUGGCGUAUGAAAGAGGACGGAUUUCUGUCUCUGCAGAGGAAGGCAACACUCCUCCCACCUACACCCGGUCCGUGUCUCAGGACCAGCGCGAGAGGAAAGUGACAGUAGAUGAGGUUCCAUCAGGGAUCUACUUGUAUCCAGAAGAGGAGCCAAUUGUGGAUAAUAUUUUCACUCCUGUCUCUAAUCGAUCCAGUGCUGCUCUGUUUGAGGAAGCUCAGAAAGAGAUUCUCAAACUCAUGAGGAUUGAGGAUCCAUCCUUGUUAAAUGGGAGAGUUACUCUGCACCAUGCAAAAGCUGGAGCUGUCUUAGCAAGACAGGGAGACCAGGACGUGAGUCUGCACUUUGUCCUGUCUGGCUGUCUACACGUCUACCAGCGGAUGAUCAACAAACAGGAAGCGGUCUGUUUGUUUGUAACCCACCCAGGAGAGAUGGUGGGUCAGCUUGCUGUGCUCACCGGAGAGCCCCUUAUUUUUACCAUCAAGGCUGUCCGAGAUUGUACCUACCUAAAGAUCUCAAAGUCAGAUUUUUACGAGAUAAUGAGGGAACAGCCCAGUGUGGUGCUGAGUGCUGCUCACACAGUGGCCAUCCGCAUGUCUGCUUUUGUGAGGCAGAUGGACUUUGCUAUUGACUGGAUGGCUGUAGAAGCUGGCAGAGCCCUCUACAGACAGGAUGACCAGUCAGACUGCACCUACAUCGUUCUGAACGGACGUCUGCGUUCAGUCAUACGCAAGGCAAACGGAAAGAAAGAACUGGUUGGGGAAUAUGGUAGAGGAGACCUCAUCGGUGUGGUGGAGGCCUUGACCAGGCAGCCAAGAGCCACCACAGUCCACGCUGUGAGAGACACAGAGUUGGUUAAACUACCCGAGGGCACGCUCAACAACAUCAAAAGGCGAUAUCCACAGGUUGUGACGAGGUUGAUCCACUUAUUGGGUCAGAAGAUUCUGGGGAACCUGCAGCAGGGCCGUGGACCAUUCUCAGGUUCAGCCUUCAGUCUGCCCGGUAUGACAACUAGCGCUGAUGUCACCAACCCUGCCAGUAACCUCUCCACUGUGGCUGUGCUGCCUGUAUGUGAUGAAGUCCCGAUCAACGCGUUCAACCUGGAGCUCAGCCAUGCCCUCAGUGCCAUAGGGCCCACUCUGCUGUUAACGAGUGACAUAAUACGAGAGCGUCUGGGUGCGUCUGCUUUGGACAGUAUCCAUGAGUAUCGUCUCUCCGGCUGGCUGGCCCAGCAGGAGGACAUCAAUCGGAUUGUCCUGUACCAGACUGACAACAGCAUGACCCCAUGGACUCAGCGCUGCAUCCGCCAGGCUGACUGCAUCCUCAUUGUUGGCCUCGGGGACCAGGAACCUACGCUGGGAGAAUUGGAGCAGAUGCUGGAAAACACAGCAGUCCGGGCUCUGAAGCAGCUGGUCCUUCUGCACAGAGAGGACGGACCUGGCCCCUCCAGGACGGUCGAGUGGCUCAACAUGCGUAGCUGGUGCUCUGGUCAUCUGCACCUCAAGUGUCCCCGUAGGGUCUUCUCCAGACGCAGUCCCAGCAAACUGAGGGAGGUAUAUGAGAAGGUGUUUGAGAAAACCGCAGACAGACACAGUGAUUUCUCUCGGCUGGCCCGAGUUCUGACUGGAAACAGCAUCGCCCUCGUCCUGGGAGGGGGCGGAGCUAGAGGCUGCUCACAUGUGGGUGUGAUAAAAGCUAUGGAGGAAGCAGGAAUUCCUAUUGACAUAGUGGGUGGGACCUCAAUUGGCUCAUUCAUUGGUGCACUGUAUGCUGAGGAGAGGAGUGCUGUUCGAACCAAACAGAGAGCCAGAGAGUGGUCCAAGGCAAUGAAUUCAGUGUUUAAAACGGUCCUGGACCUUACGUAUCCCAUCACCUCUAUGUUCUCUGGCUCUGCCUUCAACACCAGCAUUUAUAAAGUGUUCCAAGACAAGCAAGCUGAGGACCUGUGGCUGCCAUACUUCAACGUCACCACCGACAUCACAGCCUCGGCCAUGCGUGUUCAUCAGGAUGGUUGUGUCUGGCGCUAUGUUAGAGCCAGCGCCUCCUACACCCCCUAUUUACCUCCCCUGUGCGACCCCAAGGAUGGCCACUUGCUUGUGGAUGGUUGCUAUGUUAACAAUGUCCCAGCGGACAUUGCAAGGAACAUGGGUGCCAGGACGGUCAUUGCCAUCGACGUGGGAAGUCAAGAUGAGACUGACCUCUGUAACUACGGCGACUGCCUGUCUGGCUGGUGGUUGCUGUGGAAACGGAUCAAUCCAUGGGCAGAGAAAGUGAAGGUCCCAGACAUGGCGGAGAUCCAGUCACGGUUGGCCUAUGUGUCUUGCGUGCGGCAGUUAGAGGUGGUGAAGAAGAGUGCGUACUGCGAGUACAUCAGACCACCCAUUGACCGCUUCAAGACCAUGGACUUUGGAAAAUUUGAUGAGAUCUAUGACGUGGGCUUCCAGCACGGCAAGCUGGUGUUCACUGGCUGGGCUCGGGGUGACAUUAUCGAGAACAUGCUGAGGGACCACCGCUCAGCUGACUACAACGACAGCAAGAGAACUGAUUCCUGCACCUGUCCAGGAGCUGACUUCACUGACCUUGCAGAGAUUGUCUCCAGGAUAGAGCCGGUCCAAAGCUACGUAGCUGCAGAAGAGGAGUCAGACUGUCUGACAGAAUACGAGGAAGAUGGUAUGGACACAGUGAGGGAGGAAGAAGGGGAGGAAGAGGAGUAUGAGGCAGAGGACCCUGAAGACCACUCCCCUGGAGAGUGGGGGCAGAAUGGAGUCUUUCAGACUGAUGAGGAGAAAUCUGUGAGGCAACGCAGGAAACUUGCCAGUGACUCCAACACCUCUGAAGUCUCGGACUGCUGACAGAGGGCCGCAGAAACGGAGGAGGACAAGACCAAGAGCCGAGUUAUGAGUCCACAAACUGUCGAAGCUUCUGAAACCUCGAAACACUGUUUUUGUUUUAUUUUUUUUGCAUCCCCUAAGCCGUUAGCAUCAUGUGACUUCCUUCUUAUAUAUGUGGUCGGAGAAGAGGCUCUAGCCCACCUGGUUUUCUUCUUGUCAAUGACAAGUCAAACAAACCCAGUGGCAGAAUCCACAACACACAAUUGAACUUCCAAUUCAACAUUUCAAAUCACAAUGCAUGUCCCAUCUGAUUCCUAAGCCCUUUUGUCAGUAUACAGAUAGCCUGCCCUCCAUGUUCAAAUGAAUGUGUUUAUUUUGCCUGUGUGCUAGGAUGAUGGUUUAGUACAGAUGCCCAGAGCUCUGAUAGAUUAACAUAGAAGCAGGACACUAACAGGCCAAGUAAAGAGCACAGACAGAGCUGCAGUUACUAAUAACUCUUAGGUUAGCAUGGGUUGCAGGCGGGGGAAGCUAAAAGAAGAAUGGAUGUGUGGACACAGAGUGAGGAGGACAGAUUAAUGUAAACUUUCAAAGAGGAAGACAACUACAGAAAUGUGGUAGAAGGUUAAAAUGUGGGUUUGAGGUAAUAUCACGUGGAAAGUGUGUUAUUUUGAAUUAACUUAUUUAUAAUUCACGUAUAAUAGAAGAGAGUGAACACGAUGCCCUCUACGUUUACUAAGGGAACAGAGGAUAUGAAGAAUCUGUACUGGAAACUGGGAAUGAAUGAGAUGAUUUCAGUGAGUGGAUGACAUAUUGUCUGUGUGCUUGAAAUUUUGUGUCGCAGUGUUUUUAUUUUUUUUUUGUUGUUGUUGUUGUUGUUGUUUGAGACGAUGCCUUUUCAACCGGGGUUCACCCCACUCAGAGUGAAGCGAACAUUUGACCGACACUACACAACAGACGAGUGUGUGUCUGACUAUGCUUGCACAAGGUCUCACACUUACACAGUGCUCAGGGUUCCUGCGUUUAUCUAUGAUGUUGUAUAUGAGAGUGUGUUUCGGACCGAGGUACGACCAUCUCCAACACCACCAUGCCAACAAGUUCUCGCACGACAAAAAGACAAAUCUACUUUACCGUGAGUAACACGCAGAAAUCUGGGCUGAAAGUCAUGUUGUUUAAUUCAUGUGGACCUCUUGUAGAAACUGUAACAAGAUUAUAUUAUAAUAUACACAAUGUUAAUAUUCAUAUAUGUAUAUGAAGGGGAAAUUUGUAUGUUGAUGCUUUGCUGCAAAACAAGGGAAUUAACGCCUAAACAAAAAAAAGGGUUAGCUCUCUUAACAUUAAUCCUGUUGUUAUGGACAGUUGCCAGACUUGCUUUUUGUAUUUUUAUUUAUACAUGUCAACUAAUGGCUUUUUAAAUUCUGGGGGUGGGAUGGGGGAUGUCUUAUUUUAAUGAACCUGGCUUUAGCUGUUUUGCACUGAAAUGUUUUAAGUAUUUCCUGCUCAGAAGAUUUUUGGUUUAAUAAUUGCCAUCCUACUUGAUAAGCCAAGGGAAUCUAAGGAGUAAAAAGGUUAUAGUUGAAUAUGCAUAUUGAGAAAUAAACAUAAUAUGCAUCCUG